CAGAUGUGAAGAAAGUUUUUACUAGAACACAACUACAACCAUCCAACCGAUAUGUAGCUGUUCAAUCGUAUCUAACUUAUUCUGCUGAAAAAUGGUUUCGACAUAAUAAAUCUAAUAUUCUUGAUUGGUCUACAUUUAAAAUUGAACUUGUUAAAGUUUAUAAACCAUCACUUCAUCAACUUUUAUUAAAAAUGGAACAACGAGUCCAAUUAUCCACUGAAUGUGUUAUGGAUUAUUAUUGUGAUAAAAUUUAUUUGUGUUCUCAGGUGGACCCUGACAUGAGUUUCCCAAUGAUUAUUCAUUAUUUGACUAAAGGCUUAAAACCCUCAUUAAUAGCUCAUGUUAUUCAUAGAAAUCCUACGACACCUAAUGCAUUUCGUGUUUUUGUUCAAGAUGAAGAAAAAAUCUUACUUACAUUAAAUGGUUUCUCUUAUGCUACACCAGCUGAACAUUAUAAUUAUCUAGAUGACAAUAUUGAUAUGGAUCAUCAAGUGAAUAUUAUUAAACGUCAAGUUAAUGUAAACAAUCAAUCCUUGAACUGGCAACAUCAUCAAUCAGCUCCUCAACCACUUACUAAUGUAUCAACUACUGCAUCUUCGUCUUCCUUUUAUCGUCCUUCCUCAUCUACAUCACGUAAAUGCUAUGCAUGUCAUGGUUUUGAACAUAUUGCUCAAUACUGUCCACAUCGAAAAAACAUGUAA